AUGCAGGGACUCCUCGCAUUCGUGGCUCUGUUGCUUGGUUGCAUCAACAGAAAUAUGCAAGCUGUAAACGUCAAUCCUGUAAAUGUAACUACUACAAGCUUUCCUUUUAACAACACAACAAGAACUGACACGACGCUGAAGGAGCUAAGCACCGAGGGAAACGUUGAAGAAACAACGCGAGUGCCAACAGGCACAAAGUCCUCAGAUGGCGCAUGCAACAUCACCUUCAACUGCUCAUCAGAACUUGUGACUUCUGUGAAGAACAACAUACCUGCCCAAACGUCUAUUUCGAGGGAAACAUAUUUGGCUAUUCUGAAGCAUAACAAUCCUAUAAACGUCUUCCUGUUUAUGUUGGCCUUCGUCUUGAAUGGUUUCAACAUCGUAGUGUUCAUCUCACAGGACCAGAACUCGACCAAUUUCUACCUCAUCGCAAUCAGUGUAAUGGACAUCCUAUAUUCAACCUGUGUCGUGGGUAAAACCCUAUAUCACAUGCUUUCGGAUGAUGUAUUUACAUGGUUUUACAACACCUAUAUCAUCUACAUUGAACUGUACUUCAGACCUGUGUUUCAAAGAACCAUCUUCUUUCUUGUAUUCCUGGUGUCUAUUGAGAGACUGCUCGUGGUAGUCUUUCCUCUGAAAGCUAAAACCUUUGUGUUCAUGAGACGCCCCAAGUCUAUAAUCAUGAUGGCAUUCUUGAUCCCUUCGGUGUACUACGUCUUCAGUCCAUUCCGAUAUAAACUAAUUGAAAUCACUACAGACCAAAAUACUACGAAAUACACCCUUACUUACAAACAUCCCGAUCAGACGUUCCUCCGAGGUAUGAGCACUACAGAUAAUUUCCUAUUUGUCUACGCACUUCUCCUUGGAGGACUGUUCCUUAAUCUACUUGUGGUUUGCGCCCUGAAACGCUAUUCCAAGAAAAGACAACAGUGGAAGACUACGAUAGACACGGACAAAACAGCAAGACAAGAAAGGCAGACAACAGUGACGAUCAUCACCUCCAGUUUGGUGUUCCUCUUCCUGGCCCUUCCACAUGCAACCAACGCCAUGGCUUUCAGUCUGUUCCCGAGCAUAUACGGGCCGUACACGCGUUACCACUACUUGUUUUCAGUGCUACAGGCUCUAUGCUCAACACUGACGAACUUGAGCCUGUGUACAGAUUUCCUUGCCUACAUCUGGCUCAGUACAAGUUUCCGGACCACCUUCUUCAGAAUCCUUCGUAUCAGGCAGACUUCAACUCCAACCAGAUAUACUGACGAGAACACGGACCAUACACAUACAUCGUAG